AUGAAGUCAACUCUCGCUCUCGGGCCUUUGGCCCUUUUCGCUGCUCCAGCAGCUGCAUUCUUUCGCAUGCCAUGCCCUGGCCGUCUCGUUGACCAGCGUGCUGACCCGAUUGUUAGCCCUGGCGAGAUCUCUGGUCAUGUGCACUCUAUUGUUGGAGGAAGCGCGUUCAACUUUAACAUGACCUAUGAGGAUGCUCGGUCCUCGUCUUGCUCUUCCUGCCCUAUCAAGGCAGACUUGUCCAACUACUGGGUUCCUCAUCUAUACUAUCGUGCCCAGAAUGGCACAUUUGUCAGCGUUCCAGUGUCUGGAGACGGCAACGGCGCCAUGGGCGGGAUUACUGUUUAUUACCUUCAACGCCCUGGUGCAAACAACGACGAGCUCAAAGCCUUCCCCGAGGGCUUCCGAAUGCUUGCUGGCAACCCCUUCAAGCGCAACUACACCGACGACUUUGCUUCCCAGGCUGUCAGUUACGCAUGUUUAGAUUAUAACGGCGCAGCCAGGCCCGAGACAAACGGCUUCCCAGACUACAACUGCGCAGACGGUCUCCGCGCCCAAGUAUUCUUCCCCUCGUGCUGGGAUGGCAAGAACCUCGACUCGGAGGAUCACAAAUCGCACAUGGCCUACCCGGAGUCUGGCGCUUACAACGAUGGUGUCUGCCCGGAGAGUCAUCCUGUUCAUACCGUAUCGAUCUUUUAUGAAAUCAUCUUCCAGACCAAUCUCUUUGCGGACAUGUGGUGGGAUGACAAGCAGCCUUUUGUCUGGGCCAUGGGCGAUCCCACUGGAUACGGAUUCCACGGUGACUUUGUCAACGGCUGGGAUAUUGACAUCCUCCAAUACGCCGUCGACAACUGCAAUGCCGACAGCGGUUUCAUCUCCGACUGCCUCGCCGCCGACGGCUCUCAGCACUUUGACCUCUUCACCAACAGCGAGUCUGCCAUGUGCACUCUCCCAGCCUUUGUCGACGAACAAGCCACCGGCGUGCUCGACACCCUCCCCGGCUGCAACAACGUAACCUGGGGUCCCGACCAAGCCACGCCGCAGACCUGCGACGACACAGCUGUUAUCACGGAUUCUGUGCUGUCCAAGUACUAUACCGAUGUCACCGCAUCGCUAAACUGGCAGUAUACGGGCUGUGGAUUUGACGAUGUCGGCUCGCGUACUAUGGAUGGUACCUCGGAGAGUACCGCGGACAUGACCGUCGAGACUUGCAUCAAGUUCUGCGAUGAUGCUGGAUAUUCGUAUGCCGGAUUGGAAUAUUCUGAACAAUGCUACUGCAGCAACUCCAUUGCCGACGACCGUGCCCCGAUCCCCGGUGUUCUUGGUGACUGUCUAGAUCCUUGCAGCGGCAAUUCCACGCAAAUGUGUGGCGGCCCAGCAACUUUGUCGAUUUACCACAACUGUGCGGGAGGUAGUGGGUGUGAGAAUGCCAAGAUUGGGUCGAUUGAGGGUGUUUCUUCUUGA